CUCUUGUCUGACGUCACGCUGCUGCAGAACAGCGGAAGCGCUUUAUACGAAAUGUUGACAUGCUGCUGAAAACCUGUUCAGAGUUCCUCAGGUUGACGGAUUUUCAGCUGUAUCGGCUUCAUUGCUGUAUGUCGUGAAGCACUGCUGGUUGAGUUUACUAUAUGGACUCUUCUGAUUGUCACUCUGUGGUGCAGCUCAUGAAUAGGAAUUGAAAACUUGACCAAAACUAGCAACAACCUGCAUUUAGCUACCGGCAGCUAUGACACUGAUGAUGGAUAAAGAUUCGGCCGUUCUUCAGGGUGCUUUCCUACUGGCUGAUAAACUGUGUCUCCCUUCUUCCCUGUCCUCCCUUCAAAAAGCUGACUGGAGCAGGGUGGGGCAUCCGGUCCUGGCAGCAGUCAGAGAAAUCUGCGGCCAGGAGGAACUCGGUGGUCCUCCCAACAGCAGGGCUGCCUCCUGGAAAAAGAAAUUAGUUUGUGUUGUGUGGUUGAAGCUGCUGUGCAGGGAGACUGGAGAGGACGUUGAGACGGCGUGGAGGGAGAACCCUUUCUUCCCUCUCCAGAACGCACUCCCUGAGGUCAACCAUGUCGUCCUCCUGGAACUGGUAAAGUCCAUGUCAGCUUCAAAGAUAUUUGCGCAUCUCCUCCUGUGUCUUCCUCAGUCUCAGAUCUGCUGCGAGCUGGAAAGGCUGACGCAACAUGUGAAGAGCAGCCCUACAAGCGAGGAUGAUGUCCGCCUCUUUCUGGAGCUGUGGUGGGAACUGUGGAAAGGCAGAGAUGAGCGGACAGCAGGGGGAGAGGAGAGUAUAGAGAUGAUGUUCGCUAACCAGUUUGCUCGUCUCACCACCAAGACCGCCAGUAUGUCCCCUCAAGCCGCCAAGAGGUUUAAACUAGACACAUCAGCAUCAUCGCCAAACACUGACAUCCUGUACAUUCUCCUUCACACACUGAAAGACUUAAGAGAUCACAUAUCUACAACAGACCUCUGCCUCCACGCCCUCGCCAUCUCUCUUGAUGUUCUUUACACGUCCUUCCUGAUAGAACGAGCGGUCAAGCUUCCAACUGAAGAGAAGAUGCACAUCCUGUCUAAAGCUGUCAUCAUCAGAGAAAAGAACAAUGAGAAACUCAGUCCUGAACUCAUUCAGGAGGUUCAGAGAGACCUCAGUACCUCUUACACCCCAUCUCGGUUUCAGCCUAGUCAGAUGAAGCUAACUGAAGCCUUGCAGAUUGUUAUAGAACUUGCACAGUUUUGGCAAAACAGUGGGUUUCUGAAAGUGUGUGACAACUCUAAUCCCAGUUACUCUGCAUUCAAACUACAGCAAAGUGCCCAGAGAGUCCUGACAGCUGUAGAGGAAGCUGACGUGCCUGAAGCUAUGACAGAAAUGGGUGUUAAAGAGGCUGUGAAGAAUGUGCUGAGAGGUUUGUUGGAGUCUCUGUCCUUCCCUGCCAUAGAGAGCACCCCUGAAGUGAAUGUGAGGGUCACCACAACCAUCAUCAGUCACCGUCUGGAGGACUAUCACUACUUUGCAGUGUUAUUUGCCCGUGAGAGGAGCUGGGCGGACUGUGAUGAGCACUGGUUGGACUGCCUGGAAAAGAACCAAGCGGCCUUCCAGCAUCACGACACGCUGAUGAAACUCUCCUCCACCCUGACAAGUAAACUCCACAGCGAGGGCUCCACUGUGAGCCAGUGCAGGAAGCUGAUGAAAGUCGUUGCAGACAUUUUCUCUGCGCUUUCCUUAGAAGAUAAGAAUAAAGCGUUGGCUGCCAUGCUCAGACUGUCCAGCAGGGGGUUCUUCGGGGGCUCCGUUCCCUCCACUGUGACUGACGGGUUUGAGCAGGAGCUCAACAUGGCCUUCAACUGCAUCAUCCAAGGAGGGGGUGGAGCACCAGCAGCAGCGCUGCAGGGCAACCUGAGCACAGCUGUCUCUUUAGUAGCGAGAGUGGCGUUUCAGAACCCAGAGGCCACUUUGAGGUCUUGCUGCCAUUCAGCAAUUUUCAAUAAAGGAGCUUUUGCUCUCAUGGCUAAGAUCCUGCAGCAGCUGCCUGGACUCAGAGGACAGAGGGAAAGAAGAGGAGCAGAUGAGAACAUAGACAGAAGAAGGGGUCCUAUGAGUAGUAGCGGUCUACUCUGCUGGUGUCUACAGGAAGUGAUCAGGACCAGGUCAUUGUCAGACAAUGAAAAGGAUCAGUUCCUCAAGUUUCUGGGUCUGCUCAUGAUGCCAGUCAUGACAGUUGAGGGAGAAGAAAAGAGGUUUCUGUCACCUCAGGAAGUCGUGAAUACCUUCGUCCUGCCUAACCUCUCCUCUAUGGGUCACAGCUCCGUUGAUAAAGAGCUGAGUCUGCAACUUCUCCACACUGCCUUGUGUGUGGAUGUCCAUGAAGUGGCUUCUUCUCCUCACUGGGUGCUGGACUGCUCUCCGUUUCCUCUGCUCUACGUCCUGGCCCAGCUGCACAACCAGGCUCUCAGGUGUUGGGAGCAGACACCAGAGGGUGCUGUUCACCACUGGUCCAUGGACACCAAGGAGCUGCUGGUGUCAGUGCUGACCUCACUGGGGCAGGUGGUGGGUGCAGAGGUGGCGGCGGUCCCCAGCAGCUGGUCCAGAGCUCUGUUCUGGCUCUACAACAAGAUGGAGGAGCUGGACUGGACGGUCCGCUUCCACCUGAAACCUGUGUGGGGGGAACACUUCAAAAACGAGGUGCCCUCCUCACUGCUGACUGUGUGUGAUCUACCUGAGCAGGAGUGGUCAGGUUUGGAUCUGCCCCAGUAUGGCCAGGGCACUGGUCUCUUGGCCUGGAUGGAGUGCUGCUCUUUAUCCGACUCUCUACGGUCCACCAUGCUGUCCCGUCUCUCUCUGGACCAGAGCCGGCCCGACCAUGUCGGCAUGUUCAGCAAAGGCCUGCUGGUGGCCCUGACCCAGGCACUGCCCUGGUGCUCCGUCUCCCAGUGGAGCCGUCUGCUGGGAGCCUUGAAGGAGCUGAUCGCCUCGGGUCGCCUCUACGUCCCCUUCUCGCUGGAGUACGUGGACUUCCUGCCCCUUCUGGAUCUGAGGAGGUUUUCAUGUGAGCUCCGCCUGUCAGUGCUUCUGCUCCGGGUCCUACAGCUGCUCUGUGGCUCCAGCUGCUCUCACUGGCUGUCAGUGGACGGCUGGGCCCAUGUUGGCAGGUUAUACGCUCACGCUGUGAGGGAGAUGAUGAACUCACUGAGAGCCAAGCUGCCUCUCCCUUCAUCUGGUACUUCAACUGUCUCUCCUACAGGCUCUGCUUCAACUCCUCCUAAAACACCAGCGUCCAGAGACUCCAGUCUGUCCUGCACUGCAGUCAAAAGUCCUAAAGUGUCCAAAGACUCUUUAAAAGAUGUCAAACAAGUUGAAGAAGAUUCACCUCUGAAAUCAAAAGCGUCACAAAUGGAGGAAGAGGUAGAGACAUUUCCCAGCCAGGAAGUCCUUUUUGUUCUCAGCCAGCUCUUCUGUCAUGUUCAGCACAUCCAGGUGAUGAUGCCAGGAGGCCAGUGUGAGCCUCUGUUCCUGUGCAGUCUGGAGAUCCUCAGUCACUACGAGGCCAUCAUGGCUGCCUUUCCAGACAGCAGCAGCCCGCUGGAGAGCGACAACACCAGGCACUUCUUGUCCACCAUCACAGACAAUCUGGAGAACCAGGAGAUGAAGGCUGUACUGCAGCAGAAGAUCGCUCAGCUCGUGUCAUCUGCUGCCUGAUCAUUUUUGUUUCUUCAUCUGUAGUUUACUGAUGUAGGAUGCAGAUUUUCUUAAACGUGUGUAAGAAGCUCUUAUCUGCUACUUUAAAUGUGAAAAAACUGUCUGUAGAUUUUGAGCAUGUUUGGUGAGAAACUAUAUGAUUUCAGUUGUCAAUGUCAUACUCUGCACUCAGCUAACUGAACCCAGACAUGAUUAUUAAGUGAUGAGUUUGGAAUCUGGGGGAAUAAAAAGCCAUUAUUUCACAGCA